GAGGAAGUCUUGGCUCAGGGGUUGCCAAGUAGCCAGGGUGAGGGGAGAACCUUUCAAAAUUUCCAUCAUUUAUUAAAGCAGCUGCCUCGGGACGGCGCUGCUCACCCCUGGAAUAAACCCACCGGUCCAUAAAACCCCUGAGAACACCCUGAGACCAUUACAGUGCCCCGGAAAAGUAAGAUAACCGCGUAAAGGGCCAGUGUCGAGCAACCUCCCUUCAGUGAGUUUGUGAUUCACCGAGGGAGUGAAGGAGAAAUAUUUCCACCUCGGAGGCGUUUAUGUGUCUCCUUCCACCAUGUCGAGAGAGUACGACCACCUGUUCAAGUUACUCAUCAUAGGGGACUCAGGUGUGGGGAAGAGCUCUCUCCUGCUAAGGUUUGCAGACAACACCUUCACUGGGAACUACAUCACCACCAUCGGCGUCGACUUCAAGAUCCGCACGCUAGAGGUCGAUGGAGAACGGGUCAAACUGCAGAUCUGGGACACCGCUGGGCAAGAACGCUUCCGCACCAUCACAUCUACGUACUACCGAGGCACUCACGGGGUGAUAGUAGUGUAUGAUGUCACCAACGGAGAAAGCUUUGCCAAUGUCAAGCGCUGGCUGCACGAGAUUGAUCAGAACUGUGAGGUUGUCAACAGGAUACUCGUGGGAAACAAGAAUGACUGUCCAGACCGCAAAGUAGUCCUGUAUGAAGAUGCCAAGCGCUUUGCAGACCAGAUGAACAUCAGUCUCUUUGAAACCAGUGCAAAAGACAACAUCAAUGUAGAGGAGAUGUUCACGGUGAUGACCAAAAUGGUUCUCCAGACAAAGAAAGAACAGAAGGACCGCCAAAUGGAAACCAACAACCCAUUACGCCUACACACCCCUAAAAAAGGCAAAGGAAAACAGAAGUGCUGCUAGCGAACAUUCACCAGGUAGAGAGAGUUGCCGAAGAACCAAGCGGUGUCAUGUGAGGCACAACAUAACACACCACGCGCACCGCCUCGGCCCCGGAGCGCUCGCAUGCCCCUGGGCCUAUGUAGCAUUAGCACCCGUCACUCCACGGAAUGACGGUGACGAUGUGGAUGAUGUGUACGAGAAGACGGUUUUUUUCACUUUAGUCAUAAGAGUUAAUCUGUUUAUGAAGAUGCUUGCCUGCGUGUGUGUAUGUGUGUGUGUGUGUGUGUGUGUAUGUGUAUUCUCACCUUUUUUAUAUAUAAAGUGUGGACCCAUUUCAAAAUUAAUGUUUUAUUGUGAAAUUUAAAAAGAAAAUCUCUUCGUAGUUGCAGCAGGAAGUUUAUUUACUUGGGCUUCCUGUGCAGUGGUUGGCAUUUGGUCAGGUACUCAGCAGUAUUGUGUUUGUGGAGUUGAUUUUGUGUUGUGUUGCCUUGUGUUUGUUUAAGAUGGGGCAGUCAUUGGGUUGGGGCUCAUAGUCAACAUCUUAUAUAAUUGUUCUUGUUUGUGAAAGAGAGAGAGAGAGAGAGAGAGAGAGAGAGAGAGAGAGAGAGAGAGAGAGAUUGCAUAUAUUAAGAGUAAUCUGCUGAACUUGAUAUAUUCAGCAAUAGUAAUAUUUGUGUUUACUGAGAGAGAGAGAGACCGAGUGUUUCAGAGAGAGAAAGACUGGCAUAGAUAGAAAGUAAGGUGCUGGACUUGAUAUAGUCAGCAUUACACAUAUAUUUUCCAUUCCUGCCUUGACUCUAAAGCAUUAUUGAUGACAUAUUGAUGCUGUACAAACUCCAUGCUAUCCCUAAUGUUGGUGCAAAGGGGUCAGUCAGGAGAAGAGCCAGGGAUCUGAGGUCUUGCCUGCCCCUUGACUUGCCACAGAAGGGAAAAACAUGACCGCCACAUUUCCAGAAACCUGACAAUAGCCAUGCGUGAAUCAUGUGUUGUUCUGCAGCAGAGAUGAGUUAUUCUUCCUAGUGCAUGUAAGGGAGUAAGUUAUAUUGUCUGUAAGGAACCGAUUAUAUGCAGUAUGUGGUUCUGCCCCAAGAGCCCAUAAGAUGCCCUAUUUUGGUAGUGAGAGAGAGAGAGAGAGCAAAGGAACAAUCAUUGUGUUAGCAAGGGAUGUGAAAUUAAUCUUGCAGUAGUAGCUUACAUUUUCUCCUUCCCUACAUUGCUACUGUAUUCUGCAUGAUCAUUUUUUCUUCAGAAAGGUUUAGGGUGUAAAUGCUUACUCUAGGCUCAUCUUAGCUGGGUGGCAUGUCCAUCAGAAGACCUACAUUGCUACAGAAAUCAACGAAAAGUAUAAACAGCUGGAUCUGUAUCUGGGUUGAGGCUUCUGUCAUCCUCACAUCACACAGAAUCACCCUCAGUUAGUUGUAGCCUUUGGAGACCAAGUUUUCUCACUGUGGGUUCUGGGCAUAUGAAACCUUCACAUUCGAGACUUUCUGGUGUGGCAUGUUGCACAUUAUGUGGGACCAUCCAUGCCUCUGGAGUGGCUUAAACACAUUCUCAGAGUCACAGAGUCACCUGCCUCAUGUGCUCAGUAAGUUGUUUCCUUGUUUCCUGACCAUCGGGGGUGUUGGUGGCUCAUUUGUUGCAUUGCAUUGCAUACAUUCUUUUGGCUCAGAGUUGGAUAUGUAUUGCCAGGCUAAAUAUGUUUGCAUUCCUUGCUGAUGUGGAAUUGUGGAAUGUCUUGCUUGAGGUGAAAAUAAGACAAAAGGCCUCAGAUGGCUUGUAUCUCUGCAUAUCCUUCUCAUAACAAAUUGUUAAUCUUUCAUGAGACUUCCUUAUGUUUUUUCUUCCUUUUGUCUUUAUUCCUCUACUUUAUCUUUUUUUUUUUUUUCCACUAUUAUUCACAUGAUCCUUCUUUCUCUUUGUUCCUCUUUCUCUUUAAUUCUUUUUUUCAUAUUUACAUGAGAUUUCUUUCUCUUUGUUUCUCUUUUUCUUUAUUUUUCUAUUCAUUACAUUAACAUGAUGCCAUCUCAUCGCCCUUACAUAUUUCCCCCCUUGUAGACCCGUCCCCUUUGUCUGUACACCUUACCUUCCAUAGAGACAUAUCAGCCAUGUUAGUUAGGUCCUUCCACUGACCAGAGUUUCCUCAUGAGUGUUUGGGGGAGAGUCUGGUCAGCCAUCACUGGUGGAACCUUAAGUAAUAGCUCCAUCCCUCUCUUAGAAAGGUGUUAUAUAUGUGGUUAUAUUUCCCGUGUUUCCCAGCUGUGUUUAUUACUUAGUCUGUGCAUCACCCAGCAAAGCCUAUGCUCACUCAAGGCCUAGCAAAAUUGGAAUGAGUUUUACAAAGACAAGCAGGCAUGGAAAUACAGUUAGUAUGUGUUUAUGAAGGGAGAUCAGUCAUCAUUUGUUUUUAGAAGAUAUUUAUACACAGAAAUUCAUCCACUCCACACACACAUUCAGACUCCUCUUUUUACAGUGAAUAGUGCCCAUACUUACUACAUAUUUAGAGACAUCACCACCUCAUCCCAGCAUGUGUAUUGUUGAUCAUAAUGGACUCUUCACCCUGGUAGUCAUUUUGAAAAAUUGUUAUCCCCAUUAAGCAUUUGAAGUUGAUAUUUUAUACACUCCUGCACAAAAUACAUGUGAGAUCAUUCUGUACAGUAGAGGUAGCUGGUAGUGGGACAGGUGACACGACCCAGUGUGCAUACCUGCGUUGUUGUAGCCGUCAUUCUCAUCAUAAUUUCAGUGAUGUUUAGAUACAAAGACCCAUUUGAAUAUAAAGAGAAAAGACGUUUUAGAUCUCUGCUUCAUUACUUUUUGUGUGCAUGUGUAUAUGUUUUUGUAUGUUCAAGCUUGUAUGUUUGUGCAUGUAUGUGUGUGUGCGUGUGUCCACAUGGUAGAUAGAGAGGUUGUUCAGUGUUUGUCGCUGCAGAGCAGGUCGCCUCUACACUGUCAUCAGCUCAAAUACUCAAAUGAAAUGUACACUGAACAUUUCCUUGUGGUUACUCACCAGCCAGCCAUACUUUUGCCUAAGUUUGACAAGGAGUACUAAGUGAAACACUUUAGAGGGAGCUUAAUGAAGGCUUUGCAGACUGCCUGUUGGUGGAUCAUGCAGAUUGCUAGAAUGGUAGUAGUUUGCGGCUUUUACAAGUUUUAUGGCUGUCGAUGAUGCCAAUUGAUGCUGCUCAGUAAACUUACACGAAUGUUUAUUAUAAAAUAGAAUUAACAACUUGAGUGUUUCAUGAACAAAAACUCACUGUUGAUUAUGAGAAAUUUCAGUGCAAAGGUAUUAGCAAUGGUUUCUAGUCUGCCCACGGAGAGCCUCAGGAGGAACUCCAAACCAACACAAGCUGGAAUGUCCCUCAGACUGCUUGCAUUAGUGCUAAGAUCCUGAUGGGUUGGUUGUUGAUGCUUCCUCUUUUCCUUUUAUAUUCACUUAAACCUUGAGUGACAAAAUCUGUGUCACCUUUUACAUGUGUGCUUGGCGAGUCUUUCUAGGUCUAAAAUGUUUACCCUUAACACCUGGGAGGUGUCUUGUUACUGAACGUGGAACAUUGUAAUACAGAAUGAACCUAUUUUUGUGCUUGUUGAAGCUGAAGGUGUUGGCUUUGUCUUCUCAUGAGGACUGUUUGGUGGUCUCCGUCCGGUUCUGAGUGUAUCGCUGCUGCUUGUAUGGUCUUGCUCUUCAUUUCCUCCUUGGCCUCCAUCAAGUUCACUUUUAAAAAAACUGAAAGGAGAUCAGCAGCACCUUGUUAUUAUGGACAACUUUUGCCAAUUGUCUGAUCCUACACACACACAAAUGUCUUGUAGGGUAUCUACAUGAUCUAAGAUCACCACUUGAUGUCUCUACAUUUUCUUCCUCGUAUUCCUCAACCCAUCAGUCAGAGGAGCAGCACUGUCAGCUCAUCACCUCACCAAUUAAAUAAAGGCUCAUGGUACAGGAUGAGGAUAAAUGAAAUUAGGAUAUGUUUGACAGUUAGUUUUCACCAUUCAUAUUAGUACUUGGGAAAAAUACUAGAGAAUUGAGCCAAGGUAUAGAAAUUCAUUAUCUUCAAAAUUAAGUAUCAAACUUAAUUUGAUUAUUAUAUUUCUAUAUGUUGUCUCAGUUUUCCAGAGUAGCUUUGUUCUUGAUAUGUUUACUAAUUUGAAUGUUGUGUACAGCCUGGUGAACAUGACCUGUGUACUGUGGAGGACCACUUGGAUCACCAGCCUGUAAUGGGAUGCACAAAGUUUGGGUUCCUGCAUAACUAGAUGUAGUUGAUGAAGUAUUUGAGCAGCUUGUAUCAGGCAGACAUCAUGUCUGUUGGCUCUGUCACUAAAUGGACAGCAAUGCUACAGUCAUCACCAACCAACUUGACUUGUCCCUUUUGCUCCACCCCCUUCAAUGAGUUAUUAAUGAUUGGCUGAGGGUAUUUUUGUUGUCUUAUAGAAAAAACUAUGCAAACAUUUAGAUAAUCUUAUACUAAGACAUUAAGGACAGUUAGAUCAUAUAGAAGGAGGUCAGAAUUGAAGUUGACGGUAAGAUUACUGACCAUUGCUGCUGUGGAUUGUAAGGGAGGGAGGGAAGGACUGAGGAGGUAGUUGGAUUGGUGGCAACUACGAACUUUUCUCAUAUUGCUCUUACCAUUAUGUUGAUAUUUUCCACACAAAAUUGUUCUCAUCGAAGGUUGUUAAGUGUGGUAUGUCUGCCAGUUCAGUUGCACCCCUCCAAUUAAUGCCCAUAUUAGUAAAAAAAAAUGCUUAGGAAAAUUGAUCUGAGCUACAAAAGUGAAAUAUUGUUUAAAAAAUUAAUGGCUAUCAGUCUUUAUUUUGAGACCUGUCCACUUUUAUACCUCAAGAAUUUUCUUUUCUUGAUGUGAGUAUGUAUUGGAAGGGUUCACACAGACUGGUGGACACACCCUCAAGUAUUUGCAGUUCUGUUCCCCCACUGGCACACAACCACUUCUGUCGCCCUGCCUACCAGUUACUCCAUGUAGACCCAAAGUUGCUUUCUUAUGUACAUUACUAUUUUCUCAUUUAUUUUGUGUAUGUAUUUGCAACUGUAGAGCUUGUUAUUACUAUUAUAUCCAUGCAUGUGUGUACACCACUCAUUGGUUUCCUAGAAUACGUCUUUUUAUGUAUUGUGCAUCUUGGACGCUGACUUGCUUGCAUCAUACUGCCAUGACACAGACCAGCAUCGUUAUUAUUUGCUGAUACUACUUAACACUCGUUCACAUCAUUAGUUGUCCAUUCUUCCACAAGUAUAGGGUAUGUUAGCAAAGUCACAUGCACUACCUCAAUUAAUACUCUCAUCAGGAAAAAAUAGCAAGUGCUGCGAAAACUGUGCUGAGGUAUAAAAUUAAUGAAGUGCUGCAAAAAUAAUGAAUGAUUUAAUUAUUACAUUGAUAGUAGUUGAUUUUCAUACCUCACCUCGAUUUCCCAGAACAUAUUUUUUUCCAAAUAUGAAUAUUAAUUGGUAUCAUACCCUAUUGAAGUUAUUUAUGUCUCUGGGACAAAGCAGCACCUGAAAUAAUAUCUUGCAUUUCAUACCUGAACCCACUUGCCAUCAGUGCUUGUGGGAUACCUAAAGGCCAGUCUUUGCAUCUCCAUGUCCUUACUCCAUUGAUUGCGUACAUCAAGUCACUUAAAAUGCGUCAUGUCUUAGGUUGUAGUGGGCACAAGCUCAAGGAGGUGGAAGAGACGAGUCUUGUCCUUACAAAUGAUUUCCAGGAGCAAUAGAAAAGGUUGUUUUCCAUUUAGACAUUCAGAAUUGGUUCAUUCAGCUCUCCUCUCAUCUGUCCUAGAUUACUAAUUGUCAGGUGUUAUUUUUUAUUGAUUAUACAGGAAAUAACAGUAGUUUUGGAGAUAAAUGAUAACCAACUUAUUAUCAUUGUAAAGUUGUCACAUUAUUCCCAGGAAAAAGUGCAUGCGGUCCAUCGUGUAAAUCUGGAGGAAGUCUUUAUACUCUCUUGUGUGUGGCAGAUGGUCUUGAGCUCCUGAGAACAGUUCACACCUGACAAUAGGUAUUUCAUUAAGCUGUAGUGUAGCCUAAGUACCAUUCCUAUUUUUCUUUUCCUGUUUGAAAAAUCCUUUCAUUAACUGCACAGAUUAUUUUCAUUCUAAAUUAAGCUUGUUAAAUUGCAUGUUCUUUAUAGCUACGUCAUGACACUUUGUUUAUUUUUUUGCAGGAGUGACAGCACAUUAUGAUAGUCUAAAUUUAUUUUAUGGUACCAUUAAAAAGCAAGCAAGGUCUGUAGCAGUAGACCAUUCCAAUGUUUUCAGGCUAAUAAUUUUGAUGUGUAUUUUAAAAUGUUGAAAUCUGCAUCUUUGAUAAAUAUUGGAGAUGUGAAAAAAUUUAUAUAUACUAUUAAUGUAUCAAAAUUUGGUUUAUGGGUAUUUUGCAGACAUGGUAAUCACCUACUUAGUCAUUUAUUAUUUUAGCUGCACCAGAGUUUAUUUUUGUCGAGUGGUUUUAUUGUGUUGAUCUUUGUGAUUGAGCUGUUGCAUUAGCAGAACCUUUUCAACACAUGAGAGUAAAAUAAUGGAAUUGCUGGUGAAUGCCAGAAAUUUGUAAUGAAGUAAGUUGAAACGGUAGCAAGGAAAGGAGUAGGAAUGUGACACACACACACACACACAAACAAACGUGUGCUUUUGCACAGACAUUCACACUCAUACACACACACACACACACACACACACAUACAGCAAUCACAUUAGCUUGGCCUGACGAAACUACACCCGUAAUUUGUGUUCUUUUUUCGUGCAUUUCUGCGCUUGUGUCUUGUCUGUUGCUAUCCAUCACUGUGUCUUUUUCUCUUCUUUACAAGAUUGAGAAGAAUCAGACAAGCUCCAUUCCAGUGUGAUGAGGUUUAUUUGAUAAGUUAACUCCGGCUUUGUAAAAUUUUAGUCAUUUAUUCUGUAACAGCCCACCAAACUGUGUGUGAAAAGCUUCUUGUGUUGGUAUGAUUUUUAUGCUAAAUGAAGGACUUCCAAGUUAGUUAUAUGGCUCCCCUAACCCCAAACACACACACACACACACACACACACACACACACACA